GUUGAGAAUGGUUGCAAAUCGGCUGAUCCUGUCCUUGCUAGUAGCGUCAAUAGCUAUCGUUGCAUCAAUACAAGUGAUGUUCGAGCAGGUCAGUCAAUGCACCAGCAACGGAGUUCUGGACUGUAACCUAAGAGUGCGCAAGCUCAACCGGACCUUGGCGACGCUGUACGGGAACGUUACGUUGAACGAAGACCUGGGGAACAACUUCAUAACCUCCUUCAACCUGUACCGCAGCUGGCUCGGAAACAACCAGUACAACCUGUACCCGAUGCGGGUCUCCCCGACGGGCAUUUGCAACUUUAUGGAAAAGUUCUGGGCCGAUUACUACCCGCACGUUGUGGUGUACGUGCCGCAGAUGGAGAAGCCGGGCGUAUGCCCGAUUACGGCGCGCCAGCUGCAGUUCAACGAUAUGGUUCUGGACGCGCGCAUUCUGCCCCGGUACGCACCGACCGGGCUGUGGAAGCUGGUGUGGCGCGCCGAGGACAACCGCACCGGGAAGAACUUUCUGGUGGAGAUCGUUUUCAGAGUUUACCCGGAUGGGCACUAG